CCCCUUCCCGGCGGCGCGGCGGGCGGGCAUGGCGGCGGGCGGGCGGCGCGGCGGCGAGGAGCUGCCGGUGUACCUGGCGCGGCCGGGCACGGCGGCGGCGCCCCGGCAGAAGCGCGGCGGGCUCUUCUGCAGCGUCGAGGGCGCCUUCGAGAGCAAGACCCUGGACUUCGGCGCCCUGCGCGUCGGGCAGCGCCGCGCCCCGCCGCCCGCCGCCAGCCCCGGCCCCGACCCCGGCCCCGGCGCCGACCCCGGCCCCGGCCCCGGCCCCGACCCCGACGAGGUCCGCGCCGCCUCGGACAAGGAGCGGCUCCAGAACCUGUGCCCCGACGACGACAAGAGUGAUCGUCUCCUCAUUAAAGGAGGGAGAAUAGUUAACGAUGACCAGUCGUUCUAUGCUGACAUUUAUAUGGAAGAUGGUCUCAUAAAGCAGAUUGGAGACAAUCUGAUUGUCCCUGGAGGGGUCAAAACCAUAGAAGCCAAUGGGAAGAUGGUGAUCCCUGGAGGAAUUGAUGUCCACACUCGCCUGCAGAUGCCCUACAAGGGGAUGACAGCAGUGGAUGAUUUCUUCCAAGGGACGAAAGCGGCCCUGGCUGGUGGAACUACAAUGAUCAUGGACCACGUGGUGCCGGAGCCCGAGUCCAGCCUGGUGGAGGCAUUUGAGAAGUGGCGUGAGUGGGCAGAUGGGAAGGCCUGCUGCGACUAUGCACUGCAUGUGGACAUCCCUCGCUGGAGCGAACGUGUCCGGCAGGAGCUGCACGCCAUGGUCCAGGAGAAAGGAGUCAACUCCUUCAUGGUUUAUAUGGCCUACAAGGACUUGUACCAGAUGUCAAACACUGAGCUGUAUGAGAUAUUCAGCUGCCUGGGAGAGCUGGGUGCCAUAGCUCAAGUUCAUGCUGAAAAUGGAGAUAUAAUUGCACAGGAACAGGCCAGGAUGUUGGAGAUGGGAAUAACCGGACCCGAGGGCCAUGUGCUGAGUAGACCAGAGGAGCUGGAAGCAGAAGCUGUCUUCCGGGCCAUCACCAUUGCCAGCCAGACCAACUGCCCUCUCUAUGUGACGAAAGUGAUGAGCAAAAGUGCUGCUGACCUCAUCUCGCAAGCCAGAAAAAAGGGCAACGUGGUGUUUGGUGAGCCCAUCACAGCCAGUCUGGGGACUGACGGGACACACUACUGGAGCAAGAACUGGGCCAAGGCUGCAGCGUUUGUGGUCUCUCCCCCGCUGAGCCCAGACCCCACAACCCCUGACUACAUCAACUCCCUUCUGGCCAGUGGUGACCUGCAGGUUUCGGGAAGUGCUCACUGUACGUUCAGCACUGCACAGAAAGCAGUUGGAAAAGACAACUUCACGGCAAUCCCAGAGGGGACCAACGGCAUAGAAGAACGGAUGUCUGUCAUCUGGGACAAGGCGGUGGCCACAGGGAAGAUGGAUGAAAACCAGUUUGUGGCCGUGACAAGCACUAAUGCUGCAAAAAUCUUCAACCUGUACCCACGGAAAGGGAGAAUAGCUGUGGGCUCAGACAGUGACCUGGUCAUUUGGGAUCCUGACGCAGUGAAGAUCGUCACGGCAAAAACCCACCAGUCUGCAGCUGAAUACAACAUCUUUGAAGGGAUGGAGCUGCGUGGCGCCCCGCUGGUUGUCAUAUGCCAGGGGAAGAUCAUGCUGGAGGACGGCAACCUGCACGUGACCCAGGGGACUGGACGCUUCCUGCCCAGCAGCCCUUUCCCUGACUAUGUUUACAAGCGCAUCAAGGCCAGGAGGAAGAUGGCGGAGAUGCAUGCUGUGCCCCGAGGCAUGUAUGAUGGACCUGUGUUUGACCUGACCGCCACCCCCAAGGGGGGCACCCCUGCAGGGUCAACCAGGGGGUCUCCCACGCGGCAGACACCCCCCAUCAGGAACCUCCAUCAGUCGGGGUUCAGUCUGUCAGGUACCCAGAUUGAUGAAGGUGUUCGCUCUGCCAGCAAGCGCAUUGUUGCGCCCCCGGGAGGCCGCUCCAAUAUAACCUCCCUGAGCUAAACCUCCAUGCUGAGAAGGAAGUAAUCCCUGUACAAGCAAAGGAAGAAAAAUGGUACAUUGGUGUUUAAGAAGGAAAAGCAAAUAAACCUGUUCUGAAGAAUCAAUAAGCCUCAAGCCUUAUGUUUCACAAAUGCUACUUGCUACCUAGCUUUAAAGAUGUUGCUUCAUUUUGUUUUAUGCAUAGCCUUAAAAUUCUGUUAUUGUUGUUGUGGGUUGGGAUGGGUUGUGUUUUUCCUCUUCCGUUUUGUAUGCAUGCCGCUCAGACAGGUUGCUCGGCUCAGAGUCUGUUGUUUGUGUUGAACGCUUGUGGGAUGCCGCGGUGUGCGAAGGUGGGGAGGACCGUCAUGGGCACUGGCUGGGCAGGACCAGGGGUCUGUCAUUUUCACCCAGAUCUUGUUGGUGUUUCACCAUGAAGCCCACGGGGGAGCCCAAAUCUCUCUGUAACAGCUGUCACAGUGCCUCAUGUAAGGUAUUUCAUGACUUUGUACACUUUAUUAAAAAAAAGAAAAGAAAAAAACAACUGUUCCUUCAAACA